AUGUUGCUGGUCAUGAUGCGUGGAACCUCCACAUCAGAAAGAAACUCCACUGGUAUAGGACUCUCAAAAAAGCAGCGCCCAGAAAACGAGAGCAGUGCUCCGCCUAAGAAAAAGCGACGCAAGUAUAGCAAGACCCAACAAGAUCACAACAAAUUAGCUGCUGCCCCUGUGCAAGCAUCUAAAAUCUCCCUCAUCGAUGAUUUUAUAAAACUUUACGAGAAUGAAGGAUAUAUGGCCUAUGCAGAACUGAGUACUAGAUCUAAAGGGGUCCUCUCGCGUGAAUUGAGCAAAUCUGGAAUUAAAUAUGAAAUUUUCGACCGUGGUGAAGAGGGUUUUGCGAAUGGAUUGACAAAGGCUCCAAGUUCAGUUAGAAGGUCACUGAGCAGACGUCAGAAUAGUCAUGGGCAAUACGAGUCGAUGAACGAAAUUAUUAGCGAUAUGCAUGACCUAGCCGCGAUUCGGGUUGCCGUGUAUUAUCCCAAUGAUUUUAAUAAAGUCGAAAACAUCAUCAACCGUUGCUUUGAGGAAGCUAAACCCCCGCAGGAUUGGCCUGAUCUGACGUUAGGCCCAUUUCCCUAUCCGAAGCUUGACAAUGAUAUUUCCGCUCAAAACGAUAUCUUAGGACGAAACAGCCGGUUUCCAGGAUACUUCGCUCGUCAUUUCCGGGUCAGAUUAAAGGAGAACAGUCUCACAGACAAAGUCCUGGAGAUACAGGUCAUGUCACUCCUGAUGCACGCGUGGUCAAAAAUACACCACGAGCUUAUUUACAAGCCACGGCUGGGGGUUCCACAGGCCGACGAAGACGACGAGCGCUUAAUAGACACCUUGAACGGCAAUAUCAUCGCAUGUGAACAGAUACUGCGGCAGAUUCAGAUCAACCACAAUAGGAAGAAAGAGCAGGCCGGAAGUCCAUUCGGCAACGAACACAAAGCCUGGGAUUAUCUUGAAAGCAAGUGGCUCAAAAGAGGAAAGAGCGAGCGAAUUCCUGUUCUCUCCAAAGUUAGCCUUUUAGAAGGACACCGUCUCCAGCGCAUUUUUUAUCAGUCACUAAAGACACACGGUUUUAAUACCCCCGAAAUGGUCGAUAAGCUAGUUAAACUUUUCAUCGACUACUAUGGGGAGAAGAAUGAGACCGGCCGGAGUCAUUCCACUUUUCCAAAAACGCGGCAUUUCUUCUCCUAUCUUAUUCGAUCGCUCGCCAACCUGGAUCAUUUCAAGAAGGAGGAAUAUGAUCAGUUAAAAUUGCCAGAAACUGAGGCCAACAACCUGAAACUAUCAGAAACCGCGAAGUUGGUUCGAUACAGGGCGUUAAUUAUAUGCAACGCUUUCAAGUAUGAUGAUUUGAACUAUUCUCGGAUCAACCUUGACAAGUUCUCUGGAAAACGCCCGUCGCGAGACGAAUUUUUGAUGAUACUCCAUCCACAGAGUACACUACAGUUCAAUCCACAAUGCCUUACCGCCUUGAACGACUUCUGCCAGUAUCUACUCAAUUGGGACGAUAAAAACUGGCAAUUAGGUUGCGCAAUAUCCCGGCUAACCAAUUUUCGAGUUAAACCAGACCAAAACUCCAAACACACAAUCCCUGCUCGUGAAUUCUCCUUUACGGAAUGCCCUUGGAGUCUCAUUAACCUCCUCGAUGGUCCUGCCGAAUACCGGAACCAGCCGCAACAGGAUCUUGUGCCACAAUCCGUCAAAUAUGGUCGCAAGGGCACGUGGGGGACACGUGCACCAAUCAAACCUCAAAAUGAUUUCAUAACUUUAGGCUUCCCUGCAGUACGCCUUUUCUUGGAUCGUCUUGACUCUAUGUAA